AUGGAAUCUCUCCGAAUACUUGAGCUUUACAGUGGCAUAGGUGGGAUGCAUUAUGCUCUAAAAAAUUCUGGAAUAUCUGGUCACGUGGUGGCAGCCAUAGACAUAAACACUACUGCCAAUGAGAUCUACAGGCAUAAUUUCCCCGACACCCCACUCUGGAACAGAACCAUUGAGGGUAUAUCACUUGAUGAAUUCAAUAAAUUGCACUUUGACAUGAUUCUGAUGAGUCCUCCGUGUCAACCUUUUACCAGGCUUGGACACCAACGUGGUAUUGCUGACCCCAGAACCAAGAGCUUCCUCUACGUUCUUAACCUCCUGCCAAGGCUCAGUCAUCUUCCUCGCUUUAUCCUGCUCGAGAAUGUCAAAGGCUUUGAGAGCUCCUCUGCCAGGCAAUGUUUAAUUGAAACGCUUCAGAAAUGUGGCUACACUUUUCAGGAGGUCAUGGUCUCACCUACAAGUGUUGGGAUCCCAAAUUCGAGGCUGCGUUAUUUCUUGAUGGCCAAGAUUUCAAAAGAAACAAUGUUUUUAGAGUCAAAGGUGAGACAAAUGGCAGUACUGUACAGUUUUAACCGUGAGUCCCAAACAGAGUCCUCUGAGGCGCCGCUCCUUCCAAGCCCUCUACAGGCAGUUAGUUCCCUGACAAAAGAGGAGGAAAAGGAAGGUCAUCAUGUCCUUUAUAAACUUGAGACCGCAAAUGAUGCUCUAAGAAAGAUAAAUCAGAAUAGUGAUUUGUCAGUGAGGCAGAUCGAAGAGUUCCUUGAACCACAGGAGAUUGUUGACAUGGAUCAAUAUCUUGUUCCUUCUAAAAUACUGCUGCGUUAUGCUCAAAUCCUGGAUAUUGUCCAACCCACCUGUCGGAGAUCUAUUUGCUUCACCAAAGGCUAUGGCCGAUAUGUGGAAGGAACUGGCUCAGUACUGCAAAGUUGCCUGGAAACAGAGAUUGCGACCGUGUUUAAAAGUCUGGAACAAUUGUCUAAUGAAGAAAAACUCAAACAACUGCUGAGACUGAAACUUCGUUAUUUUACCCCCAGAGAAGUAGCCAACAUAAUGGGUUUCCCUAAAAGCUUUUCCUUUCCAGAGGAGAUCCCUAUCAAGCAGCGUUACAAAGUCCUCGGAAACAGCCUCAAUGUUGUGGUGGUGUCUACACUGUUACGCCAGCUGAUCUCCAACUGA